GCUCGGCGGCGGACGCGCCCGGGGAACUACAAGCCCAGAAGGCCGCGCGCGCGCCCGUCUCCCGCCCCGCCCCGAGUCCGGCUGCUGUUUUUGUUGUUGGUGAAAGGUGAGGGAACAGCUGAUCCGUCCGUGGGGAGGACAGACACCCCGAGGCCGAGAUGGAAGAAUCCUCCGUGAGCCGGGCCCCCUCCCGCAGUGGAGUCACCUUUCUGAAUGUCGCCCGGACCUACAUCCCCAAUACCAAGGUGGAAUGUCACUACACCCUCCCGCCAGGCACCGUGCCCAGCGCUAGUGACUGGAUUGGCAUCUUCAAGGUGGAGGCCGCUUGUGUGCGGGAUUACCACACGUUUGUGUGGUCUUCGGUGCCCGAGACCACCGCCGACGGCUCCCCCACUCACGCCAGUGUCCAGUUCCAAGCCAGCUACCUGCCCAAACCAGGCGCCCAGCUCUACCAGUUCCGGUACGUGAACCGCCAGGGCCGAGUGUGUGGGCAGAGCCCCGCUUUCCAGUUCCGAGAGCCGCGGCCCAUGGACGAACUCGUGACUCUGGAAGAGACAGACGGGGGCUCUGACAUCUUGCUGGUUGUCCCCAAGGCCACCGUGCUGCAGAGCCAGCUGGACGAAAGCCAGCAGGAGCGGAACGACCUGAUGCAGCUGAAGCUGCAGCUCGAGGGCCAGGUGACAGAACUGCGCAGCCGCGUGCAGGAGCUGGAGAAGACGCUGACGGCCGCCAGGCAGGAGCACGCGGAGCUCGCGGAGCAGUACAAGGGACUCUCCCGAUCCCAUGGCGAGCUAACAGAAGAGAGGGACGUCCUGAGUCGGCAGCAGGGAGACCAUGUGGCGCGGAUCCUGGAGCUGGAAGAUGACAUCCAGACCAUCAGUGAGAAAGUGCUGACUAAGGAGGUGGAGCUGGACAGGGUCAGAGACACGGUGAAGGCGCUGACUCGGGAACAGGAGAAACUCCUUGGGCAGCUGAAGGAAGUGCAGGCAGACAAGGAUCAGAGUGAGGCUGAGCUCCAGGCGGCACAGCAGGAGAACUGCCGCUUGAGUUCGGAGCUGCAGGAGACCAAGGGCCGCCAGGAGGAACUGGGUGCUCAGGCGCAGCGGCUGAAGGACAAGGUGGCCCAGAUGAAGGACAGCCUGGGCCAGGCCCAGCAGCGGGUGGCCGAGCUGGAGCCGCUGAAGGAGCAGCUCCGAGGAGCCCAGGAGCUGGCCGCCUCGAGCCAGCAGAAAGCCGCCCUGCUGGGGGAAGAGCUGGCCAGCGCCGCGGGGGCCAGGGACCGCACCAUGGCCGAGCUGCACCGCAGCCGCCUGGAAGUGGCCGGAGUCAGCGGCCGCCUGGCCGAGCUCAGCCUGCACCUGAAGGAGGAGAAGAGCCAGUGGAACAAAGAGCGGGCCGGGCUGCUGCAGAGCGUGGAGGCCGAGAAGGACAAGAUCCUGAAGCUGAGCGCAGAGAUACUUCGCCUGGAAAAGGCGGUUCAGGAGGAGAGGGCUCAGAACCAAGCAUGCAAGACCGAACUCGCCCGGGAGAAGGACUCCAGCCUGGUGCAGCUGUCCGAGAGUAAGCGGGAGCUGUCCGAGCUGCGCUCCGCCCUGCGAGUGCUCCAGAAGGAAAAGGAGCAGCUGCAGGAGGAGAAACAGGAGCUGCUCGAGUACAUGAGGAAGCUGGAGGCCCGCCUGGACAAGGUGGCGGACGAGAAGUGGAACGAGGACGCGGCUACGGAGGACGAGGAGGCCUCUGCGGGGCUGAGCUGCCCCGCGGCGCUGACCGACUCUGAGGAUGAGUCUCCAGAAGACAUGAGGCUGCCCCCCUAUGGCCUGUGUGAGCGCGGAGACCCCGGCCCCUCUCCCGCCGCCGGCCUGCGCGAGUCUUCCCCCCUGGUGGUCAUCAGCCAGCCCGCUCCCAUCGCCCCCCACCUCUCCGGGCCCGCUGAGGACAGCAGCUCCGACUCGGAGGCCGAGGAUGAGAAGUCGGUCCUGAUGGCCGCGGUGCAGAGUGGCGGUGAGGAGGCCAACCUGCUGCUGCCCGAGCUGGGCAGCGCCUUCUACGACAUGGCCAGCGGCUUUGCAGUGGGUCCCUUGGCAGAGCCCAGCACCGGCGGGCCGGCCACCCCUCCCUGGAAGGAGUGCCCGAUCUGUAAGGAGCGCUUCCCAGCUGACAGUGACAAGGAUGCCCUGGAGGACCACAUGGAUGGACACUUCUUCUUCAGCACCCAGGACCCCUUCACCUUUGAGUGACCUCGCCCCUCCCGAGUCCACUCUUCCGCACAUGCACACGUAUGCGCACACACACGCACGCGCACACAUCACACACACACACACACACACAGACAUCCAUGUAGGUCUCAUGCCCAUCUCCAUCCCCCCGGCUCCACGAUGCUCCAUUGCCCAGAAACUCCCAUGGGCUGGGUCCUUCCCCAGCCCCAACUUCAUCCUGUCCCGCCCGGCCCUUUGGCCCAGGCAGGGACCCUCUUGCAAGCAGUGGCUGAAUUUUCUCUCCGAAAGCGGAAAGCGGUUUGGACAGAUCCGGGCUGGAGGCGGCUCCUGGUCUCCUGGGAAUCGGAGCCUCCCUGAGCCCUGGUUGCCUGGUGACUCAUCAGCCUCCGCUCACCGGCGCCACACACACUCGCAUCCUCACACACUCCCUCCGGUGCCCGAUGCCAACUCCUGGGGGCCCCCACCCUCUUACUUGGGGUCUGUAUUUGUUUACCUGCCUUUUCCUGGGGUCUGCGUUGAGGCAGCAGCAUGGAUGUCACGACCUUUCCAGGUCUCUUCGGUUCUGAGCGUCACUGGUUCCGUCCUGUUCUCCCACUGCCUUCCGCACCCGCCCCAGCCGUCUCCAUCCCGUUAGAUAUUAAGUUUGGAAGUUCCUUUUGUAUUUUUGGAGGUUUCAUGCGCUCUCUCCCUCCCUGCCAUCCCCCGCCCCCAGGAUCCUCACAUGGAAAGAAAUAAUGCAUUUGUGCCUUCUGUGAGGGAUGGGGGAACAUGGCCCCAGGUGUCCCCGUUUCCCAGCCCGGCCUCCCUUGUCCAGACCCCCCCACAGCAAUAAGAGCUUCCUUCAGCCCCUCUCCCGUGCCCUGCGCCUGUAGUUUGGACAAAUAUAUUUAU